AUGCCAAGGCUUGUUCACGGAAUCAGAAAGUUUGGUGACAAGUUGUUUCAGAGACUUCGUCGACUUGAUUUUAUCAAAGAUUCCAGUAGAACAUCAAGACCAGGUGUUCCAAUGGCAAGCGACUUGCCAAUCUCAAUGGACAAUCACAACGAUCAUGAUGGCAUCCCUGAAGCAAAUUCUGGAAGUAACGAAGAAAUCGGAACCCAUAUCGAGAAUACUCCAGAUUUGAUCAUUACAAAGGGAGCUGGGAUUCAAAGGGAUUCGUAUAGAUUCAGCACGGUAUUGGAGCUCAAAGAUCUACAUAGGCUUGUGGGACACAUGUUGAAUGUGCCUGGAGUCCGUAAAGGUAUACCAAUGGGGAUUAAACGCUUGUGUGUGCGUAAUGUGAAGCGACACCGUACGCCAAGACUUGUUCAUAGGAUCCGAAAAAUUGGCAACAAAUUGUUCAAGAGACUUCGUCGACCUGAUUUUAUCAAAGAUUCAAGAAGAACAUCAGGACCAGGUGUUCCAAUGGCAAGCGACUUGCCAAUCUUGAUGGACAAUCAGCCUUUCGUCAACGAUCAUGAUGGCACUCUUCAAGCAAAUUCUGAAAGUGACGAAGAACACUUGUUUAUGGAGCAUAACUUACUUGACAAUCAUACGUCGACUUCUAGCAAUUGUAGCACUUCAAACACAGUUCCCGCUUCACUAUCCACUGGGACCCAUAUCGAGAGAGAGUCAAAUGAUUCUCCUUUAUCACCACUCAGACCACGCAAGCGCUCUCGUGACAGGAUGGAUGACUCUGAAGAUUUGACCAUUACCAAGCGAGCAAGGAUUCACACCGAUUCAUAUAGAUUCAAGACGGUCUUGGAGCUCAAAGAUCUACAUAGGCAUGUGAGAGACAUGCUGUAUGGCAAAGUGCCUGGAAUCGAUGAAGAUAUAUCAGUGGGGCUCAAACGUUUCCAUGUGUGUAAUGCGAUGCAGAGAACGUUUGAACACAUCAAUAAUAUCUUUAGAGAGCUGUUGAAAGACGAUGAUGUUAUCAUGGAUGAUGUACAUGAUGUUUCAUCAUAA